AGGGGAUGUUGGAAGUGGCCCCGGAGUAAGGGUGGCACCCCAGCCAGCUGCUCCUUGGCGUGGGUGUCUGCAGCACCAUGCUGCAGCAGAUCCUGAAGGACACAUACCUUGACCCUGAGCUGCUGGCUGAGCUUAGCGAUGUGCAGAAGCACAUCCUCUUCUACAAAAUGAGGGAGGAGCAGCUAAGGCGCUGGAGGGAGCUUGAGGCCCAAGAGGCCCUGGCCCAGGCAGAAGGCUGCAGGCCCCCCAAAACCAAGCAAGCUGCGAGUGACAAGCACAUCCAGUGGCUCCUGGGGGCAGAUGGUGAGGUCUGGGUCUGGAUCAUGGGAGAGGGUCCUGGUGACAAGCCCUACGAGGAGAUCUCCGAGGAGUUGAUCACGGAGCGGGUACGGCUGCAGGCACAGAGGGAGGCUGAGGAGCUCUGGAGACAGAAGGAGGCUGAGAUCACUAAGAAGUUCCGGGAUGCACUGGCCAAUGAGAAAGCCCGGAUCCUGGCCGAGAAAUGGAAAGUGGAGAUGGAGGACCAUAAGGCUGCCAAAGUACUGGAGGAACAGAUACAUGAGGAGUUCAAGAGGAAAGAGGAAGAGGAAAGGAAGCGAGGAGAAGAGCAGAUCCGCCUCCAGGAGGAAUGCAGGGCGAAGGAGCUCUACUGGACUCUGAAGCAGGCCCAGAUGCAGAGCCAUGCCAGCGAGAAGGAGGAGCGUGAGUGGGAAGAGCAGUUGCGCCGCUCCAAGGCCUCAGAUGAGGAGAGGAGCCGCUGCGCCCAGCGCGCCCGGGAAGAGUACCGGCGCCACUCGCUCCGCGCCAUCCAGAAGGGUACCGUCGCCGGCCUCAGUUCCAUGUUUCAGAAGCUCGGCCAGAGCCACCAGCAGGAGGCGAGACUUUAUCACCAGUUCUCAGGCCCUGGCCGGCCGCUGCCCCUCACGGUGCGCGUCAGCAGGGCCUGGGAGCGCCCCCUGCGCCCAGUCUCCAGAGCAGUCAUAGUCCAAUGGUUUAAGAAGGAGCAACUGCCUCGACACGCUGGCUUUGAGAGGAACACCACCUCCAUCGCACCCUGGUUCCACGGAAUUAUUACCCGAGAAGAUGCAGAAGAUCUGCUUGAGAACAUGACUGAGGGAGCAUUUCUUGUCCGGGUCAGCGAGAAAAUCUGGGGUUACACCCUCUCCUACCGCAUGCGGCAAGGGUUCAAGCACUUUCUCGUGGAUGCUUCUGGGGACUUUUAUAGCUUCCUGGGAGUGGGCCCUAAUCGCCAUGCCACGCUCACGGAUCUCAUUGAUUUUCACAAGGAGGAAAUUAUCACUGUUUCAGGGGGAGAGUUGCUGCAGGAGCCCUGCGGACAGAGGGACAGCCCACCGGACUACCAUCCCUUGUUUGAAUGA